GACUAUGUCUUUGUCAAUGGGAAGGAAAUGAAAGGCAAGGUGAACGUGGUGGUAAACUUCACCUACCAGCACCUGAGCAGCCCUCUGGAGAUGACGGUGUGGGUUCCCCGGCUCCCGCUGCAGAUUGAGGUCUCAGACACCGAGCUCAACCAGAUCAAGGGCUGGAGGGUGCCCAUCAUCUCCAACAAAAGGCCAGCUCGCGACAGCGAGGAAGAGGAGGACGACGACAGGAGGGGGGGUCGCGGCUGCACGCUCCAGUACCAGCAUGCCAUGGUGCGGGUCUUGACACAGUUUGUGGCCGAGGCGGCCGACCGCGGCGGACACCUGGCCCACCUGCUGGGCUCAGACUGGCAGGUGGACAUCACGGAGCUAGUGAAUGACUUCAUGCAGGUAGAGGAGCCCCGGAUUGCCAAGCUGCGAGGGGGACAAGUCCUGAUUGGCCAGGAGCUUGGGAUGACCACCAUUCAGAUCCUGUCACCUCUGUCAGAUGCCAUCUUGGCAGAAAAGACCAUCACCGUGCUAGAUGAGAAGGUGACCAUCACAGACCUUGGGGUCCAGCUGGUGACAGGGCUGUCACUCUCCCUACAGCUCAGCCCAGGGAGCAACAAAGCCAUCUUUGCUACUGCAGUGGCUCAGGAGCUUCUGCAAAGACCCAGACAGGAAGCAGCCAUCAGUUGCUGGGUCCAGUUCAGUGAUGGCUCCAUCACCCCCUUGGAUAUCUACGAUGGGAAAGACUUCUCCCUGGUGACCACAUCCCUGGAUGAGAAAGUGGUCUCCAUCCACCAAGACCCCAAAUUCAAGUGGCCUGUAAUCGCUGCUGAAACAGAAGGGCAGGGUGCUCUGGUGAAAGUUGAGAUGAUCAUUAGCGAAUCGUGCCAGAAAUCCAAGCGGAAGAGUGUGCUGGCUGUGGGAACAGCCAAUGUCAAAGUUAAGUUCGGCCAAAAUGAUGCUAACCCCAACGCCAGUGACAGCAGAUACACUGGGUCAGGAGUUCACCUAGAAGAUAAUGUCGGUGACAGAAGAGCCAAAAAACCCUCUCAAGAAUGGGGGAGUCAGGGGGGACAGUCCUAUGGCAGUUCUUCCAUGGGGCUCGUGGAAGGAAGAGGAUCUACAACAGAGAAGUCAACGUUCCAGAGAAAGAACAGCCAGGGAAGCCUCUUAAUUGAUGACAGCCAUCUGCAGACCAUCCCCAUCGACCUCACCAGCUUCCCCACCCAGGGGGACCUGCCCAGAGACAAUGGGGAGAUGGACGAGAAUGGCCUCACCCAGGCAUCCAAAGGGCUGAGUGACCUGGAGAUCGGCAUGUACGCUCUGCUGGGGGUCUUCUGUCUGGCCAUUAUGGUCUUCCUCAUCAACUGCGUGGCCUUUGCGUUGAAGUACAGGCGCAAACAGGUUCCCUUCGAGGAGCAAGAAGGUAUGAGUCACUCCCACGACUGGGUUGGGUUGAGCCACCGGUCGGAACUGCUGGAGAUCCACACGAACUUUGCGUCCUCCCAGGAUGAGCAGAUCACUGCCAUUGACAGGGGCAUGGAUUUUGAAGAGAGUAAGUAUCUCCUCAGCACAAACUCCCAGCAGAGCAUCAAUGGGCAGCUGUUCAAAUGCUCGGGACCCCCAGUUGCUGAUGGGAAGGAUCAGAAAAGUGAGCCCCCAGCGUCCCCUACCUCGAAACGGAAAAGAGUAAAAUUCACCACGUUCACCACCAUCCCCUCGGAUGAAGGAUGUCCCACUGUGAACUCCAUAUCGACCAGUGGUGAGGAUGUGAGCUGGGUCUGCCAGGACCUGGACCCUGAGGAGAGCAGACAGCCACACAGCUACAUGGAAAGGUUACAUGAGGAUGUGUAGCCGGACACUUGCAGACGCUGGUUCUCACUCACCUCUCAGCCUUUAAUUUGGGGAUGUGUGGCAAGGGUGCCCCCGGGAAAGAGCGAAGUGACAGGACCACAUAAGAUCGCCCCGAUAUCAGGAGCGCCCUGCUAGACAACACCUAUCCCUUGUCAGGAUUGAUGCACACGUUCUGGCAUCCAGUGUCUUGGCCGGUGUUACGAGGCGGAUUGUGCACCGCAAGAUUUUUAAAACUUGGAAGAAAAAAUGAGUUCUGAAUCACUGAGCUUCUGAGAGGUUCCAGGAGAGAACAGCCCCCUCUGUCCGCCCCUCGCUUUCUCUCUUUAAUCAAAGCCCUGUGGAUGUUGUGGAAUCCACGUGGGUCCAGAAUUCACUAUCCGCAGACUGCAGAAGAACUCCAAGACUCAGGGGCCUCGAUGGGAGUGGAUGGAUGGGAGGCAGUGAGUGAUGUGAGCCGAGGCACACAUCCCAUCGCGAGUGGGACCAGGGGCAGCGUCCUGAGUGUGGGCAGCUCCCAGCGGGUGUCACGGCGGGAUGUCAUCUUCCCUAGACCCAGGCACUGCGGCUGCUGACAGGCAUUGAAGGGGAGCACAUGGGCAAGUAGGCCACAAAUCUUUUUGUAACUAGAUAAUCCAGAACAAACGAACAAACCCUCUGGGCAAUGCGGGGCAUUUCUUUCUUUAUAAACGAGGGAUAUCGGGCACAGGAUGUCAAUCCUGUUCAAAGAACCAGGCUUUGGGGGGCAAGAUCGCUGUGUUUGAAUCUGUACUCCGCUGCCCUGCCAGCUUUCUAAAAGCUGCCGCUCACCCGUAGGCACUGGGUGCCUUUCCAGCACCCACCCUCUCCCCGUGGCCUGUGCAUCAGUUCCAGGUGACAUUCUGCAGUGGGCCCACCAGGCAAACAUCACUCGUGUCCUUUCCUUGAAGAGGCGGAUCUUAGAGGAGAAGUGGUUGUCACGGCGAAUUCAACACCAAGGGACACUGGUCCCUCUGCUCCUCUGGAAGGACCGGAGAGCCGUUUUGUGACGGCCCUGUGGACGGCCACACCAGGUCUCCGUCCACACUGGGUCCCCCCAGACCCAGCUGCAGAGAUUAACAUGGGUGUCGGUGUGGUGUGCGGGGUGCUGGGGAGCUGGGGUGAGCUGGGGCCCGCCGUGCUGCAGGUGGGCCUCAGGAGGUCCAUCCAUACCCCUGUGCAGGCUUGGACAGAUGGAGGGACAGAGGUGCCCACCCUUGGAGAGAGAGGGAGGCCCUGCCUGUCCUGAGAGCUUUAAUGUGGUUGUUUGAAAUCAGAGUGAUUUUGAAUGUGUCCCAAACUCCCUGCACAGGUAUGGAGCUGGUAAGAAGGCAGGUGUGGGGAGGGAGGAGCGGGUUCCUGUCCCGGCUCCAGCUCCCACCAAGGCGGGAGGAGCAGGAGGUCCCAGGCAAGGAGGGCCAGACCCAGAGAGCACAGCAGGGGGAGCACAGCGAGGCCGGCUCUCUCCCAGUCCUUGCCCUCUGUCACUUUGUCUUUCUGCUCCCUGAUGCUCUUCUCUGCUUUCUCUCCUUCUCUCUGUGUCUCUGUCUCUCCCUGACCCUACUUCUCUGCUUCCUCUGUGUCUCUCCCUCCCCCUUCUCAUUUCCUUCUUCUUCUCCCCUUCCUCCUUCCUCACACCCCCUCUCUAAUGAAUAUAAUUGAAUUCCCCUUAGAUCACGGGUGUCACUUCCACCAGCUCAGCCUUCCCACCUUAGCACCCCCUAAAUGAGGUGCUCCCCAUUUGCUCUUCCACUGGGAUUCCAGCAGCCCUGAGCCACCUGCUCCCGUCCCCGAGUCUACUCACCUUGUCUGGUUGGGCGAUGACACUGUCAGCCCUUCUCCAUGACUCUCCUUUGCUUUCGGUCGACCUCCUGAUAUUUCUUUCCCUUCGUACCUGCGUGAUGUCCAAUUUCAUGUGGCAGCUGCUGCCCACUCUCACAUCCACCCCCCUGCAGAAUGUACUGUAGAUCGUAAGAAUGUAAUAUAUGUUUAUACACUUACUGACUGUAAAUAUAAAGUUUGCAUUCAGCGGCUUUAUGGCUGUCCUUUGUUUUUCUACACACUGAAACCUUCCGAGGGGCUGGCGCCCGAUUGCAGAUGGCUCUCCAAAUGCUGUGGCUUUUGGUAAAUGAAAAUGCAGAUUUAAGGAUCCCAGC